ACAGGUUAAUGUGCUGCAGGAUUUAUCCUGUUUGAGGCUACAACCAACCCUGCCUUGUUGUUGUCUUUACUACUAACCUCCAAGCUCGCUGUGUCUCAUUCAGCCUCACAUUGCAGAAUUGCUGGUUGAUGGAGUUUGUGCGAAGGAGUGGUGACUACUGCCAUGCCCAACACAUUUAGACUCUAUCUGGGAUGAAGCUGCACCAUGCAGUUCUGCGGCCCUGAAACCUGAAAGACCAUUGGCCUUUGCCCUCUGAACCAGCCAUCUCAUGGGGUAACAAGUGGAGCCUUGGCACUGAAAGCUAACUGGAGAGAGAAGGAAAGAGAAAGCUACUGAGAGACAAAGAGAGAAAAGGACCUGACAAUCAGAGAGAUAAAAACAGAACAGAGAGAGAGAGAGCUGACCUUCCUGGACUAUAGGAUACAAUCAACUGAUGGGGUAAAACGAUAUUACAACACAACGGGACCUCAGGAUUGGGAAAAUACCUUAAACUGCUAUAAACAGUCUCCAAAUAGGAAGUUCCACAAGGGACAGGAAGACUGGAGACACCUGGAAACCUGAUCUACCACAGAGCAGCAAACUGCUACAGCUGGAACUAAAGGUCAAAGUUCAUCCUGGGAUGUCAAAGGUCACACUGGCUGCCAUGAACCGUCCAGCUCCAGUGGAACUGUGCCAUAAGAACAUGAGAUUCCUUAUCACACACAACCCCACUGACAGCACACUCGGCUCCUUCAUAGAGGACCUGAAGCGCUUCGGUGCCACCACAGUUGUUCGAGUCUGUGAUGUCACCUAUGAUAAAACAUCAUUGGAGAAAGAUGGCAUCAAUGUGGUGGAUUGGCCGUUUGAUGAUGGAGCCCCGCCCCCCAGUAAGCUGGUUGAUGAUUGGUUGAGUCUGCUGAAAAAGAAGUUUCAGGAGGAUCCAGGAUGCUGCGUGGCUGUUCACUGUGUGGCUGGACUGGGGAGGGCUCCUGUGCUGGUUGCUCUGGCUCUGAUAGAGAGCGGGAUGAAGUAUGAAGAUGCUAUUCAACUCAUCAGGCAGAAGCGUCGUGGAGCCAUCAACAGUAAACAGCUAACCUACCUGGAGAAAUAUCGAUCCAAGCAGAGGCUCCGCUUCAAAGACUCUCACGCACACAAGAACAAAUGUUGCACCAUGUGAACGCACACACAAAGACACACAUAAAGACACUCAAACAUACUGUACCCUUCAACAAAUGCUCUCAGGAAUCCAGCCAUACAAGCCUUGUGUCACUGAAACACUAUAUUCAGUGGCACACACUAAAAACUAAAAAAACACUCAAAUAUAUAUUGGGCUUCAUUGGGCCUGAGAACUUUUUAAAAUGUUUUUAAAGCUAUUUUAUUAGAACAUAGCUUGUUUCCCUUAUUUGUAAUGUAUUCUGGUCUUAAAUAGUAUUUUAUUGGUAUGUCUGCUCCAUGGUUUACUGUGAAGAAAGGUGGCGAAGAUGGGCGAGGGAGAGAAAUACACUUAAAAAGUUAGGGUUUGUAGAGGCACAUCUGCUUUAUUAGAUAGUUCUGGAAAAGACACAGGGGUUUAGGUCAGGGAUAAUGUGUUGAGGAUUAUGAAUCACCUUCAAAUUUUCAACAAAAUAAAUCCAUAGUAUGCAACUAUGAGGACACCUAGACAGAUUUGGUGUAGGACUGAUUUAUGAUGACAUAUACCUGAUGUAUAAACCUGAAAUCAUAUCGGAUAUUUUGUGUAUUUACAUUGUUUUGUACAGAUGUUCAAUGUGUUUCUUUCUUCAACUUUAACUUCGCCAUAAUCACAGUAUAAAAUUACAUGAAGAGUGUUAUUUGCGAUUGUUGUAUUGCAUGAAAAAUCUUAGGCACUUUAAAAAUACAAUUUUUAGAAUAAAUCUUGAACACUGAAACACAGAACUAAAAUAAUAUUGGUAGUGUUUUCACUGUAAAUUAGUAUUAAUAUUCAAAGUUGACCCUCUCUUUUAAAUUAUUCCGGCUGUUUCUCUGAAGCCUAUUACUGGAAAUAUAAGGGCUCAUUUUCAGCUUCUAAAAUGCUAGAUGAAGCAUUUUGGUAAACAUAUCGCCUUCAUUUGGUUUUGUCACAGCCACUGUUUUAAUAUGACUUCAUUGUGAUUAGGUUACGUGUUUACAUAUCAGCGUGUGCAUUACAUUAUUCUCUGUUUACUGAAACCCACAGAAGGAAACAUCAAGCCAGGUUUAGAGUACUCACAUGUAUUAUAAAAAAGAAAAUGUUAAUAAUUUUUCAGUUACAUUAUUACACAUUCUAAAAUGAGAGAGAGAUGUAAACUAGUUGUAAAUAAUAUUUAAUGAGGUAUCGUUAUUUAUCACUUUCAUUCUCCUAGAGGCCAGGUUGAACUACUCCCAUUCAUUGACAACAACAACAAAAAAUCAUUGUGGUUAUUACAAAUUAAUUUUUUAUGUUCCUGUGUCAGGGAGGUAUUUUCAUUUUAUCAGCAAUUUAUGACACAAAAUUUUAAUCCAAUAUAUAUAGAUAAAUUGAGAUGUUUGUCUAAUCCUAGCACAUAUAUUUUUGUGCAUCAUGACUUUUAGAAUAGGCUAGAGUACAUAUAUAUAUUUUAUUGUGGAGUGGCGUUUACUUAUUUGUAUUGUUUCUGAAUGAUGCAUUUAACCAACUGCUUCUGACACAUUUUUCAUUCAAAAUUGAUUGUUUUGGUGAUGAUAGAGAAUGCACUUUAGUAGGUUGCAUAUAUUAGUCUGCUCAUCGUCUAUGAAAAAAUAUGGUCAGCCUGAACUGAUGUCAUGAACAACAAUUUGUGAGAAAGAAAUAAUAUCAGAAGGUGUAGAAUUAAAAUAAUGUAGGAAGAAGUAGAGAUUUAGAGAGGAAAGAGGAUCUAUCUAUCUAUCUUUACAUGAAAGUUUAACUUUUUUUUUUAAAGAAACUGGCUGCAGUUUAUUUGUUUAUAUUGUGUGUGCGUGUGUUUCUUUGAAUAUGCGUGUGUGCUUGGUAGUCUUUAGCUAUUAUUAAUCACUGGGACUGGCCUGAGCUGACACUUUUUUAUGUAAAAACAAAUACUGUAAAUGUCUGAAUGUUUGUAAAUUCUUGCAUUGUUUAAUAAAG